GUGGGUUUCCUCCCACAUUUAAAGACAUACAGGUUAGGUGAAUUGGAAACGUAAUAAUUGUCCUGGUCUCCCCUGUAAAAGAGGUCUCAAUCUCAAUGGGACUAAUCUGGUUAAAUAACAGAUUAAAAAAAAAUCCAUAAUAGACAGUCUAACCUAUACCUUUUUGGAACUUUUAUUAUCAGACAAAUAAUGUGGUACAUUUUUAAUAAUAUGAUUGGAUCAUUUUUCCAUUUUUAUUUUGAAAAAUGUCUGCCACGAGUGACACAUUGAAAAUUCACCAUGGCCCAAUAUCCAGUUUUAUUUGUAACACAUUUGGCUGUAUGUGUACCAAAUUCUAUGCUUUUAUCACAAAAUGCACAAUUGUUAUGGAGAUUUUCACUAAGCUGCACCACUAUUACAAAGUUGGCAGCCUUGAAAAGGAAAAAGCCUAUCUUUUGAAGAGAGUUCUUUAUUAAUUAAUUUAGCAGCCUUUAUUCGUUUAUUUGCAUUUUUACACGGAGUGUAUUUAUUUAUUUAUUUCUCAGGUUUAUUAAUUUUUACACUGGUUGUAUUGAUUAAUUAAUUAAUUUAGCAGCCUGACUUUUGAAGAGAGGUCGAUUUUUAUUUAUUUAUUUAUUAUUAUUAUUGUCACUGAGUGGUGUAUUAUUUAUUUAUUGAUUAGGCAGCCUGUGUCUUUAAGAGGUUUAUUUAUUUGCAUUUUUACACGGAGUGUAUUUAUUUAUUUAUUUAUCAGGUUUAUUUAUUUAUUUUACACUGGGUGUACUGAUUAAUUAAUUAAUUAAGCAGCCUGACUUUUGAAGAGAGGUCGAUUUUUAUUUAUGUUUUAUUAUUAUUCCUUUCACUGAGCGGUGUAUUAUUAUUUAUUUAUUGAUUAGGCAACCUGUGUCUUUAAGAGGUUUAUUUGUUUAUUUAUUUGCAUUUUUACACGGAGUGUAUUUAUUUAUUUAUUUCUCAGGUUUAUUUAUUUAUUUUACACUGUUUAUAUUAAUUAAUUAAGCAGCCUGACUUUUGAAGUGAGGUCGAUUUUUAUUUAUGUUUUAUUAUUAUUAUUAUUUUAACUGAGUGGUGUAUUAUUUAUUGAUUGAUUGAUUAGGCAGCCUGUGUCUUUAAGAGGUUUAUUUGUUUAUUUAUUUACAUUUUUACACGGAGUGUAUUUAUUUAUUUAUUUCUCAGGUUUAUUAAUUUUACACUGGUUGUAUUGAUUAAUUAAUUUAGCAGCCUGACUUUUGAAGAGAGGUCGAUUUUUAUUUAUGUUUUAUUAUUAUUAUUUUCACUGAGCGGUGUAUUAUUAUUUAUUUAUUGAUUAGGCAGCCUGUGUCUUUAAGAGGUUUAUUUGUUUAUUUAUUUACUUUUUUACACGGAGUGUAUUUAUUUAUUUAUUUCUCAGGUUUAUUAUUUAUUUAUUUUACACUGUUUGUAUUGAUUAAUUAAUUAAUUUAGCAGCCUGACUUUUGAAGAGAGGUCGAUUUUUAUUUAUGUUUUAUUAUUAUUAUUCUUUUCACUAAGCGGUGUAUUAUUAUUUAUUGAUUGAUUAGGCAGCCUGUGUCUUUAAGAGAGGUUUUCUCAGGACGGGGUGGGGGCGGACGGGUUCAUCGGGUUCAUGUAGUAUUUGGACAGCUCCUCCCCCUCCUUCUCCCGUCAGUAACCUCACGGAGGUGAUGGAGUUGGCUCCGGAAAUGACAGUAAACGGCUGAACUGCGCCUUUUUUUUUCUUUUUUUUUUUUUUUUUUGUAACCGGGCCUCGUGAUCCGGAUCGGCCGAUGAGUCCGGAACGGGAUCCGUUCGGCUGGCAGACAGGAUGAUGGCUGAUGGAUGCUGCAGAGGACAGAUGGACAGAGGCCGGGCGAAGAUUGCGUCAGACUCGGUGCACAGGUCCGCCUUCCCGCCGCAGUUCUCGCAGACAGGGUCCCAGGACAUCCAGGAGCUGGCCUCCAAACGCGUCGACAUCCAGAAGAAACGCUUCUACCUGGACGUCAAGCAAAGCGGACGCGGCCGCUUCCUGAAGAUCGCCGAGGUGUGGAUCGGCCGCGGCCGCCACGACAACAUCCGGAAGAGCAAGGUGACACUGUCCAUGUCCACGGCCCCGGCGCUGCGCUACUGUCUGGGGGACUUCAUAGACUACUACGCCCGGAUCGGGCUGCGAGGGGCCCCGCUGGAGGAGCCCGCCGAGGCCCGCAGGAGGGCCCCGCUGUCCCCCACCGGCUCGGCCGCGUCCGACGACCACGUCCACCGCGUACUCAAGAGCGAGUUCAUCGAGAGGGACAACAGGAAGUACUACCUGGACCUGAAGGAGAACCAGAGGGGCCGCUUCCUGCGGAUCCGGCAGACGGUGAGUAAAGGACACGGCACCAUGGGCUACUACGGGCCGGGGAUCGAACAGACCAUCGUGCUACCCGCGCAGGGACUCAUCGAGUUCCGUGACGCGCUGUCACAGCUCAUCGAGGACUACGGGGACGCGGACAGCGAGGACCGGGGCACGGCGGCGGCUCGGAACCGCGACGACAACCCGGAGCUGCCGGAGGCGGUGUCCUUCCGGGUGGACAACAAGAGGUUCUACUUCGACGUGGGUUCGAACCGCUACGGCGUGUUCCUGAAGAUCAGCGAGGUGCGGCAGCCCUACAGGAACACCAUCACCGUGCCGCUGAAGGCCUGGGCCCGCUUCGGACAGAACUUCAUCCGCUACGAGGAGGAGAUGCGGCGGAUCUUCUCCUGCCACAAGGACAAGAGGACGGAAGUCCACAGCGAGGACGAGCACGAGGACUGAGGACUGAGCACGCGCCCUCACACACUCACACUCAUCAAAAGCACCGCCCAGCUGUAAGUGUCCCUAAAGGGCAGCUCAA